ACCGUAGAGCAAAACCAGGAAUACUUGAAGAAAGGGCACCGAACCUAUCAUUGUUGAUAGCACCGUCUCGGGAGGGUUGCCGCCAAUAACAACUUGUGGAAAGAACGCCGUCCGAACAAAAAAAUACCCAGAAAAACUCUACCGCACAAAGGAAAACAAAACACUACCAUUUGCCCAGUGCUGGGAGUAGGUGGCAAGUUGACCCACUUCUAAAGUCAUCGGUGCCAUCAUACAAUUGCAUACGGACAGUGCGUCGGAAACAACAGGAGACAGGAUUUCAACUGAAGCCCGGUUAGGGCAGAAGUCACUGAUGAAGAGCCAGGAUAGUGCGGGUGGAACCCGCUACGAGCUCGCCUAUGAUGGCAAAGGAGAACUCGUGUAUGAUGAUCAGGAAGCUGGACCCCUGCCCGCCAAGUGCGUGCCUGGCGACUCCGAAGAAGAAUUGCCGGUCCGCGGCAACUGGGGGGGCAAACUCGAUUUCAUCUUCGGUUGCGUCAGCUACGCUGUCGGACUCGGCAACGUUUGGCGAUUCCCGUACCUUGCCUACGAGAAUGGCGGUGGUGCAUUUCUGGUUCCAUUCUUCAUCAGCAUCGUUUUAUGUGGAAUUCCUUUGUUCGUAAUGGAAGUCUCCAUAGGACAGUAUCUUAACACUGGUGGAAUCGGAAUCUGGAACCUCGUCCCGAUGUUUAAAGGUGUGGGUUAUGCGUCUAUGACAAUGAUUGGCCUAUCGAAUAUCUACUACAUCGUGCUGAUCGCGUACACUCUUUACUACUUUGUGGCUUCGUUUUCAUCGCCUCUUCCGUGGGAGAACUGCGGCAAUGAUUGGAACACGAUUACCUGCGUUAGCCUUAGGGAAAACCGGACUUCCCUCAAUAGAACCGACGGAACAUCGUCCGUGAGAGAAUACUGGGACAUCAAAGUCUUAGGUAUUACAUCCGGCCUGCACGAAAUGGGUGAACUGCGUUCGGAGCUUGUGGUCUAUUUACUCAUCGCCUGGGUCCUCGUCUACAUGGUCAUCUGGAAAGGACUUCAUCAAAGCGGCAAGAUCAUCUGGUGCACAGCUUUGUUCCCAUACCUUAUACUGCUAAUUCUUUUCACUCGUGGUGUCACCCUCGAAGGUGCUAGUGAGGGUCUAUUGUUUUAUCUCAAGCCUGACUGGUCAAAGCUCCGAGAGCCUAAAGUUUGGAUCGCUGCUGGAACCCAGGUUCUCUUCUCCUACGGAAUUGGUAUUGGCGCUAAUGUCGCUCUUGGUUCGUACAACAAGUACAAUCACAACUUCUACAAGGAUUCUCUCAUCGUGUGUGCCAUAUGCUCCGGUACGUCGCUCUUUGCUGGUCUAGUUAUCUUCUCUGUGCUUGGUCAUAUGGCCCAUGUUCAGGGCAAGGAAGUCGCUGAAGUGGCGCGGUCCGGACCCGGUCUUGCUUUCUUAGCUUAUCCCGAAGUCGUGGUGCAGCUUCCGUGGGCCUCAGCUUGGGCUAUUCUCUUCUUCUUGAUGCUGAUCGUCCUGGGUAUCGAUUCACAAUUCUGCACAGUUGAGGCUCUGGUAACAGGUCUCGUAGACGAAUUCGCCACCAUCCUACGGCCGCACCGCCGACUUUUCACUCUGGGUAUCGUUUGUCUUCAAUUCGCACUCGGCCUACCGAUUGUCACCCAGGGAGGCAUGUAUAUCUUCCAGUUAAUGGAUUUUUUCUCGGCAUCUGGCGUAUCACUGUGCACUGUCGUCCUGUUUGAGAUUGUCGGAUUCUCUUACAUUUAUGGCGCCAGCCGCAUAUAUGAAAAUAUUGAGGACAUGAUCGGCUUCAGGCCCAAUCGCUUCUACGUAUUUUGCUGGCUUGUUGCGGCCCCUGUCGUUAUUCUGGGAAUGCUCCUUUUCUACCUGAUCGAGCACGAGCCACUUACGUACUCGGACACGUACGUCUAUCCCUGGUGGGGUGAGGCCAUUGGGUGGUGCAUGGCCCUUGCGUCCAUCAUUUGGAUUCCCCUAUAUGCGCUCUAUUUCCUCUGCAGCACCCCCGGAACCUUCCUCGAGCGCAUCAAGAAGGGCGUGACACCGCAAGUGGUGCCUCGUAAGGUGCAGGAGGGCACACCGACCUCUGAGGAGAGCGUCACUAUGGACAACCCAAUUACGUCCGCCCAGCUCCUUCUUCGCCCGGAGAAGGUGUGAGGAGGAAAUCAAACCCCCUCUUACCCUCCACCACAACGACAACAAAACUCGACAGCAUCUUUAUCCCACCAACCAAAAAUGUGUAGCAUCAAAAGGCUCGACACAGCAACAGAUUUGCACCGCAAACAUGCUUUUCUCAAUGACACAUCCCAUCACAGGCGACUAUGGACCGCCUCAGGCGAUUCAGAUCCAACAGUAAAUUAUACCUUCUCUCACAAAAUCUGUUCAGGAUCCACCGCUGUCAGUUCUAGGCCUUUCGCGAAGGGUCUAGAAUGGCAAACAACAGGCAGCUUCAACAAACAGCUUCUUUGGUCUCCAGCAGAUUCUUGCAAUGAAAGGAGAGGCGUGUACGUGAAAGUAAUCUGCUGUGUGGUGUCGCACCCCUUUUGUCGGCACAGUAGGAACAAUGUCAACAACUUCGAGCCAAAAAAAAAUCGUUAACAUUUAUAACGAUAACGAUUGUUUACUAUAGAACAUCAUAAAAAAAAGUAACAAGAUUUCAUCAGCGAAAAAUAGCAGAAACAACUAUGUGGGGACAUUUACGCGUUCAUAUAUACAUAUAUAGGAAACUACGAAAUAUCGCAAACCACCGUCCGUCUUCGGAACAGCAAGAUACAACAAUGCAUGGACGAAAUUUCAUCAUCAAGUACUUGUGCCAACUACGGUCUGACCGAACGUCGGCAGCGGUUAACGAUCUCCGGCGAGCCCUGGAGCUUUGUGCCUAUUUGUACUAGCACAAUGUACCGUAACUAAUCAACUUGCGGUCCAGCUAGAUUCAGGGCAAUGCCAUUUCUUCUUGCCAGAAAUGACACAAAGGCUAUGUCAUGUGCUAUAGCGACGAUGCCGAAAACAAGUCAUAGGAAGACACGUACACCAUAACGAAAAAGGGAGGGAAAGAAAGAAAGAUCGUGGAUAUCUGCUGAGCUCAACAUGCAUUCCGCCCGGCACCGUUUCUUCGCUCCAAGAUCCCAGUGACCCAGUGGGCUAAAACUCCAGUGGGAAAAAGAUGUGCACACAAUUCUGUGUUUAUUUUAAAUAACAUUACCGCUGUUCAGUACUAACAAUAACAAUAAACAAAUGGGUCAACAGUGCCAACGCGACUGUGGCGCACUCGACAACGAAUAACACAGAACUAGCCGAUUUCGCCAUACAUCUUGCCCCUGGUGAGGUCGGCGCGUGAUCAUACUCAACACGCAUUCCCUUGUACCGCCGCGCUGGCCGGCAACGACCAUUGGGUCGAAUGACAAGGACUGACCGCUUAUAGGAUUACGAUACUAUUAGAGGGCGAUAAUAUAUGUUCUGCACCCUUUGAGGAUAUCGUGACGAUAGCACACUUCCACGCCUCAGCGACCUCGUCGUCCCUAAACCCCGUUUCGGCCCGCUGCGGCGUUGUCGUCCAAGUUUUCGUUUAAUGUCAGUCACCACCUUUGGUUAACAGCCGAUCGAUAACGACAACAAUAACUCUAUCUCCAAGAAACACAUUAUUCAGAUGGACAAAUCGCUAGGGUAAAGGCAUCGUUGGUGACCAGUAAUCUGUUUUGGACCACAAUAGCAACGAAAUCAACAAUAACAAUCGAUACAUUUAUUACAAAUGGACGAUAAUAAUGUAAUGAUUAUAUACUCUUAACUCAAAACUCAACACGCAUUCCCGCAAAAUGUUUCUGAUGUUUCGAUGAUCGAACAAAUAACAUCGCGGCUCUACAACAACAAUAAAAAC